GCUGAUGGUUGAUGUAUUCAUGUAGCUGGUGCAUGUAGCCAAGUUCAAGUCUCAGUUAGUUGAGUUUCUCUACCUUUGUCGUAAUAAAGUCUCGUCCGUUACGUCCAUCCGCGGAGUGAGAUUCAGAUUGUUAAAUUAUUCCUGACUUGGUACAUAUAUAUUUAUCUCAAUCUAUAUCUAUAUCUGUCUACUUACACUCAAUAAUAUAGACAACAGUUUUAAAAAUAAAUUAUUUAAAUUUAAAUAGUGUGUGUUGUAUUUUAGUGGCGUUUGUGUAAACUAUUUAUUAGCUUUCUGUGUCUCGGUGGUCCUGCCGAAUAAUUCAAUAAUCGGCUGAACAGACAGAGAUCAUGGUAGACUAUUAUAAAGUUCUUGAAUUAACGCAGACGGCCACGUCUGUUGAUAUCAAAAAAUCAUACCGCAAAUUAGCUCUCAAAUGGCAUCCGGACAAGAAUCCCGACAAUCUUGAAGAGUCGACGAAAAAGUUUAAAGAAAUAUCAGAGGCUUACGAAGUAUUGAUUGACGAGAAAAAGAGAAAAAUUUAUGAUCAGUAUGGAAAAGAAGGCCUGCAAAUUCCUGGAAACAAACGUAGACAUGACGAUGACUAUAAUCCGGUCUUCAAUGAAUGGUUUGUCUUCAGAGAUCCUGAAGAUGUUUUCCGAGAAUUUUUCCAAGGCUCAGCGUUCGACGAUUUAUUUGAUAUGUUAAAUGGAGGCAGUGGUCGUCGUGGAGGCCAAAGACACGGGCAUGGACAUCCAAGACAAAAUAGUUUACAUUCACCUUUCGGUACACUUGAUCUUAGUCUUUCUUCGCCUUUUGGAUUUUUUGGCUCCGGUGCCGAUUGUUUCUCUUCGUUCAGUAGUUUCUCAAACGGAGCACCUCUUUCUGGUUCUAGUGUACGGAAAACGAGUACUUCAACGCGAUUUGUUAACGGCAAAAAAAUUACAACUCACAAGAUCGUUGAAGGUGGAAAAGAGACCAUAACAUUUUAUGAAAACGACGUUAUAAAAUCUAGAACCGUCAAUGGUGUUCCUCAAUCAAUAACGUACAGUUAAAUUCAUUUUUUUUUACUCCUCAUGCUUAAUGCCACCUUAUUAUAUUUAUUACUUUGAACACAAAAUCUAUCAUCCAUCCAUCCAUCUACUUACACUUGGUUUAAAUAAUUUCACAAUAAUUUUUUUAAAAUUACAAAUUUAACGUAAUUUUGCUUAAUAAUUUAUAAUAAUAACAAUUACGAAUUACGGAAUUAUAAUAACAAGACGCUGGUCGAUGCAUCCCGUUAGCAGUUUUCAUUUAAUAAUAAAUCUAACAAUUAACAUAAUUAAAAAAAAAUAAAAAUUAAUUUGUUAAUUACAAAAUUAUAUUAAUUUAUUUAUUUAUUAUUAGCAAUUUUUUUUUAUUGGCCAACCAGCUCAUAAUAAAUAAAAAUUUAUCUACUAUUCCUCUUUCUGCUCACUUUACUUUAAAAAAAAAAAAAAAAAAAAAAUUAUUAAGUACAAUGAGUAAAACGUGUGAUACAUAUCUUGUUUGUUAGGUUGAAUGAAGCAUCGACGAGUCGUCAAGUGAAUGACAAAACCGUCGACACAUCAUCAACGGGAAACAAUACUACCGUUCGCGGUAGCCCCAGUGCUAAAAUACCGCAUACCGAGAACUUGAAUAGGGUAAAAAAUCAUUA